UCUUGGUGCAGACACCGGGCGAAGCUGCCGGCGGAACGGCCGGUCCCGGAGCUGAGAUCCCGACACCCCCUAGCCGGCCCCGAGGCUACCACCUCCGCCCGCCCAGCAGCAGCGUCUCAGCCGGGGGCUGGAGGGUCCCGGCGCCCCGCGCGGCCAUGAAUGAGCGUCGCUCGGAGGCGGGGAGCGGCGGGGCUGCACCGCCGCCAGGUCCCGGAGCAGCGGAGUGAAGCGGCGGCGGCGGGAGGAUGAAGCGGCCGGGCCGGGCCGGGCUGGGCUCCCUGGCCGCGGUCUGGCUCCUGGUGCUGGGCUCGCUGCUGGGGCUCUGGACCGGCUUGCAGCGGGAGCAGGAGCAGACGGCGCAGCAGGAGCGGCGCUUCCCCGCGGGGACAGCCGGCCGGAGGCUGCCCCAGGAACAGCGGGGCUGGGAGCGCGGCAGCACCGGAGCUUCGGCUCCCGACCGCCGCUCGACAGGGCAGGGCGAGUCCCGCGCCGCCCAGAAAACUUUCCGAGCGCUGCUCACGCUGCCGGCCGCCGGGGACAGGGGCGAGCCCCUGGAGGGGCCGGAGCAGCCCGCGGAGCCCGGACAGAGCUCGCAGCCGGAGCCCCGGCAGAGGCAGAACUUGGAGCCUGGUUCCAGGGAGCGGCUGGCCCAGGAGGCUCCCGCGGACCCCGCCUCCCCCGUGCAAGGGGGUAUCUUCUGGAGCCGAGCGCUGGAGCAGCAGGUGCCCCCGGGCUUCGACCCCGAGCAGACGGCCUUGUGGUUGGAGACUGCCCGGGCGGCUCGCGUCGCCUCCCUGGAGCGGGGCGGGUGCGGCCGCAGCUCCAACCGCCUGGCUCGGCUGUCCGACGGGAGUCGCGCCUGCGUCCGCUAUGGCAUCAACCCGGAGCAGAUCCAGGGCGAGGCGCUCUCCUACCGGCUGGCCGAGCUGCUGGGCAUCCAGCAGCGCCUGCCGCCCAUGACCCUGGCCCUGGUGGAAGCCCGCGGCAGGCAGUGGGGGCAGGUGCGGGACGAGCUGCGGGGCUCGCACUGGACCGAGGGGGCGGUGGUCAGCCUCACCCAGUGGGUGGACAACUUGACCGACGUGGUGGCCCCCGCUCCCUGGAGAUCGGAGGCGGGGUCGGGCAGGAGACUGCAGCCUCUGGCGGCUGGGGAGCUGGGCGGCCUCACCCAGUCCCAACUGGUGGAGCUGGUGCAGUGGACCGACCUGAUCCUCUUUGACUAUCUGACGGCCAACUUUGACCGGCUGGUCAGCAACCUCUUCAGCCUGCAGUGGGACCCCAGGGUGAUGCACCGGGCCACCAGCAACCUACACAGGGCACCCAACGGGGGCCUCGUCUUCAUAGACAACGAGGCGGGCCUGGUACACGGCUACAGGCUCCUCUCCAUGUGGGACAAGUACAACGAGCCCUUGCUCCGCUCCGUGUGCAUCUUCCGGGAGGCCACUGCCCAGCGGGUGCGGGACCUGCACCGCCUGCAGAACGCAGCCUCGGAGCUGCUGAGACUCUACCGGACUCACGAACCCCUCUCCGGCCGGCUCGGCUUCCUGUCCGAGCAGCAGGCGCAGCUGCUGCAGGGCAGGAUAGACUUUGUCCACAAGCACAUUUUGCACUGCAAAGCCAUGGCCACUUCACUGUGAUCAGUUUGUCUGUACUGUCCUGUAUUUAUGUAACCCGAGGGUGAGGAGUGGGUUUACCCCACUAACCUUUUUGCAGUUGUAACAUGUUCUGGGACUCUCUAAAUAGGAGACUAAAAUCAUUCAUUCAGGAACCAGUUUCCUAGUGGGAAGGAGGAGUAGGCUAGUGGGUUGAGUACAGGACUGGGACCUCCUGAUAGUGGUGUAAAGGGCCCAGUUUCCUCAUUUCUGGGUGCUGGAGCCUUUUUAAUGGUCCAUUUAGUUGAGUGCUUAAAAGACUAGUCCUGUGAGUCCCCUCCACUCUUUUUGACCUCAUGGGGAGUCGAAUGUACUCAGCUACCUAGGAGAGUCACUGGAGUAGGAUUGGGCCCUCUACAUGGCUUUAGAUGCCUCAAUUUAAUUUGAAUAUUCUUUGCCCCAUGAAUUACUGUUGUUGGCCUCUGUGAAGGGACCCUAAAACAUCUGCUUCUGCUCACUGCAUCUGUGAAGUGUGGAUAAUAAUACUUACCUGCCUGCCUGGCAGGGCUUUUGUGAGGAGUAAUUAGUUAAUGUUUCUAAAGCGUUCUGAAGAUGAAAACUGCUAUCAGUAUUAUUAUAUCUCUUUGUAUUAGUUCCACACUGGGUCUCUUUCCAGAGUUUAAAAAAAAUCAUGCCUCUUAAGUAUUUCCCUUAACUCACUCAGUACAACUGCCCACUUAAAAGACAGUGUACAAAAACUAUUGUCCUUAACUGGACUGGGAUCAACUACCUUUCUUCUAAUGGAGGCAGGCAGGUACACUUAUGUAUUUUGUUGUUGUGAUCAUUUAUUUAAAAAAAAAUUGACAUUCAUAGACUAAGAACUGAUUGCACAGAACAGGAGCCCUUGACUAGCAAAACUGCCCCAUCCAUGGAGGCUCUUUUCCUAUUGAUGUCUCUAUCCAGAAUGGAUCUAUUAACCGUUUGUUAAUCUUGUCAAUGAAAAGUAUAUAGAGAGUCGAUAUUCCAGUGUUUGUCAUCUUUGUUGUUGGAAGCAUCUGGUUAAUCUGAUUCAGGUUAUAAGUGUCUGUUAUUUCUAAUCACUGUCAUUUGGUUUGAAUGCUAAAAUAACUGACUAAUGGGUAAAAAGAAAUCAUCCCAGGGUUUUAAAUAUUGUUAUUGUACUAAGAUUUUGGACACAUUAGUCAAAUUGGGGGGGAAAUCAGUUUCAUGCACUUUACUUUGACUUUUUAUUUUUUAUAAGAAGACUUUUAUUUUACAAAGUCUGCCUUUUCUGUACAUUAUAUAUGUUCAUAAGUUCUUCUGUAACAUACAAAAGAAACUGAUAUUUCAGUAAAAGGGUGUUAAUGUUUUACCUCUUUGUUCCAAAUACUUAGUUUGAAUUUAAAAAGAACACUUACUCUUCAGUUUUUUUCCAAAGAGAAAUAGAGCCUGAUUCACUAGCACUACUCCUGAUUUAUACUAGGUUAAGAAAGAGAAGAAUCAGGCCUUCCAACUUUCCUUUUUCUUCCUUUCCUAAAACCAAUUUACUUAUUUUAGUGCAAGUUGGUAUGUGAACAUUCUUAUUUUGGAAUAACAGUUCCUGUUACCGGCCUUAGUUAAAUAGACUUGAGUGACUUUUAUUCUGAAAUGUGUUCACCCCCACUGUUCCUCUGAAAUAACUAAAUCAGUUUCUUGACAUUAACUUGCUUAAGUCAGUGCAAGUAUGGUGUAGACAACCUCAUCAUAUGUUCAGAUAGUGCGCCAACCUGUUACUGCAAGCUCAAGCGCUGCUAUAACAAAAGCAUCCCUUGUGGUGUCAGUCUGUUAUCAAUAGGUGGUACUUUAUGCUAGCUUUCUAUCCUUUGUGUUUUGACUUUAUUCAUCCUGUAUUCACAAUUAGGGACUAACUCCAAUCACAGCACCGGAAAGCUUGUCCAACAAACAAUAUAAUUUAGAAAAUUUCCAUUGCAUUGAGUGUCAUAAGUUUCUUGGGAUUGAGUGUACAAACUAAAAGAAAAAUUAUACAACUGUCAGUUCGGUUUUUUUGUUUGUUUUUACCAAAAAAACCAACUUGUAACAGCAUUACUGAUACAAUAAUAGACCGUCAAGACGCAAAGUAAAGGCCAAAGUUGGGGUAGGGAAUAAGACAAAUUAAACCUUCUCUUUAAACCCCAGAUACAAACUAUGAUGAGAUCAAAUAGGAAAACAACCUCUUCCACAUCUGGACAGGCAUAUCUUUGUUGAUUCAAUGCUACAGUGUGCUGAAUGGAAGACAGAUAAGUAGGUGCUUUCACUGUUAUUUGGAGCAUUACAUUUCCCAUGAAUUCAAUGAGUACUGCAUAUGUGCACAUUUAUAC